AUGAAAAACGGGAUUAUAAAUACUCAAAGUAAAAAUGACAAUAAGAAGACACCAUUAAAGCACGACACAAUCGCGCAUUUAGAUCUCCCCAACAAGGCGGCCUACUUUAAUAAUUUCAUCAUAGAGAAAUUCGACAACAUAAAUGACAUUAGUUUAUAUUUGAGGGAGUCCAAUAACGUAGCUGAGGGUGUACAGCAGGUGGGGGGGGACGAUGCGUUUAUGGUUGAUCUUAGUGGAGCCGUCGAUGAGGGGACCCUGGGGAAUGGUGAUUUGGCUAGUUCCCAUAGGAGGAGUAGCAGAACCAGGAGCACCAGAUAUGGGGGAACAUCCCCCUUGACCAGUGCCAGAAAUGUGAGCAGUAAUCACAUGAGCAGUAACCGAAUCGGGGGCUACCGCUCCCCGAGUAACAUCUACCCAGAUGAGCACCUCGCUCGUGGCCAUCACCCCAUGGAGCUCCCACUCGAGAUCCUCACAGGCAGUAACCAAAAUGGCAUCCUAAGCAGCAGUUAUAAAGGGACGAAGUCUGAAGAAGAGAGUGGAAGCCCUCGCAGAAAGAACCGGGAGGCCAAGAAAAUUUUGACCAAUAGACACUAUGAAGGGGGGGGAAAUGAUAAGCGGAAGAGAAGAAGCAAAAAUGAUAUUAACCAAGGGGAUAGGAAAAAAAAAAAGCAGUCAAGUGAAGAAAGGGGAUUUAUAAACUCCAAGCAAGGGUUAGGUAUACGGAAAAAUAUGAUCAAUAAGAAUGCCUCAAAAAGGAGGAAUAAAUUGCAAAAGGGUUCUUCUGUUAGGAAGAAAAGACUCCUUAGGACGGGGAAAUUAUCAUCCACUAGCGGCAGCAACGAAGGGGAAUUCACGGCAAACAAAUACACACUUGACAAAAUUUUUCUGUCCCUCAAAAAGAAGGGCAAUUCGAUGGAACAAUUGAAUAACAGUUUUUAUAUUGAAUAUGACGGCACUGCCGAUUUAGACGCUGGGGGGGAGGCGGACAGCAAUUGGGAGAUAUCCGAGCGGGGUGCACUGGCUAGUUUCUCUCUUCGCCCCUCUGCUCGCUUCUCUACUAACGUUAAGUUCCCUACUUCGGGCGGUGCUGGGCGAGGUGCAGUUGUAGGCAGAUCUGACGGAGGCCCCAACUCCCACGCAGACAGCGCACUGGACGAACACUACCCACCCGAGACACACAAAAAUAUGCUUCUCAAAAAAAACAAUUACCACACAUAUGGUAACACAAACAAGGCGCAAAAAAAAAAGAACGUAAACGAUUUGUACAAAUAUUCAGUCAGUAAUUAUAAGGACCAACGACUGGGUCAUCUAAGAAAUGGGAAAAUUUUCUCAUCUUCCAAAAGUGGUAGUAACAAUGUCGAAUAUGACUGCAUAGGUUUUGUGUGUGAUGAAGAGUACAUGUGUCAAAAUUUACACUUUGAUGAAAAUCAUGUGGAAAGUCCUGACAGAAUAAAAUGCAUUAUAAAAUCCCUGAAAGAAAAAAACGUAAUAAAUAAAAUGGUUCAAAUAAAAUGUAGGGAAGCUUUAUAUGAAGAAAUUAAAGAAUGCCACACCAGUAGUCAUAUAAAUAAUAUAUUUUACUCUCUAAAGAGAAAAUUAAAAUACAACAAGAAGCAUGUUAUAUAUCCCUUUGACAAACACGAUACAUACUAUACGUCCUACACGGGCACAGUUUCGAAGAGAGCCGUUGGGGGACUCCUAAAUCUUUGUGAUGUCAUUUUGUCCAAUAAGAAUGAAAAGUUUAAGUAUAUUGAUUUUAAGAAAUCCUUUCGCUACAAUUAUAGCUUUUUCAAGAACAUUCCACCAAACGGGGUUAGAAGCUUUCUGAGAAACAGAAUUAAUCACAACAGUCAUUUUAAGCGCUCCAAGUCGGAGAGCAACCUUUACGUCAUGAGUCGGUCCGAGCUGAACGACAUCGCCAGUAGCUACAAUAGCGGCGGGGUUGGCCGUGGUGCUGCUGUUAGCAGCAUUGGCGGUAGCACCAAGUAUAAACAACCCCCCAAUGACACAGUUAAAAGGGGUACUCAUAAAGUUGUUAGUACUUCCAACUACUGUUACAGCUAUAAGCAGGCCCCCAGUGAUGAGGCCCCCCCUAGGGACAACACUCCAAAUGAGGAACCUUCAACACUUGCAGAACUAAACAAAAAAGAGAGUACCCCCUGCUUCGAUGAGGCAGUAUCGCCCCAGCAAGAUGCCAAUUUUACUGAUAAAGCCACACCGUCGGAUCAACCAGUGGUAGAUACCCAAUUAGAUAACGUGAUUGACGAAGAAGAGACGCCACCCACGAAUAACCCCGCCAAUCACGCCUCGAUUAGGGAAGAAGUGCCCAACUUUAACAAACACUUUAGGAGCUACUCAACUUCCAUGUGUAACGCUAAGGAGUGCACUACCAGUAGCAACUCCUUCACCGACAUCAACUGUGGAUUUGCUGCCAUAAGACCGCCCGGUCAUCACUGUAGUAGAAAUAGCCCCUCCGGUUUUUGUAUAUUCAACAACAUCAGUGUAGCAUGCAAAUAUAUUUUUAAAAAAUAUGGAAUAAGGAAAAUAUUUAUUUUCGAUUGGGAUGUGCACCAUGACAACGGGACGCAAGAAAUAUUCUACAGCGACAAAGACGUCUUGUGCUUUUCCAUUCACAGAUUUGAUAAGAAAAAGAAUGAUGGGAAGAAAAGGAAGAAGAAAAAAAAGAAAAAAAAAGGUGAUAUAUCUGUCAAGGGCGCUAACUCCGCUGCUGGAGGUGGAAUGGCCAACGGUGAAAAGGGGAAGAAAAAAAACUGUUCUGAUGAUAACGGGAAGAGUGGCAAAGGCAGGAAGAGAGAAAUCAAUAAAGGUUCGAGUAAAACUUUUAAGGCGGACACUAAAGAUGCCUCUAUAUUGGGUCCCCUCUUGGGCAAAACAGGGGGUGCCUUAUCAACCACACUCAACACCAGAAAGACUGGUAUUAUUUCAAGCGGAACUUCAAGUAAUGCCACACACAAAGAUGGUGACACGAAAAAGAAGAAAAAAAAGGAAAGGAAAAAAAAACGAACCAAAGACAAAAAAAAUCUCAAGUCGUAUGAAGAAAAUUUAUUUUAUCCUCGCACAGGAGCGAAAAGCGAAUUGGGAAGUAAAAGUGGUUACAAGUUCAACAUCAAUGUGCCUCUAGAAAAAGGGUACAACAAUUGCGAUGUCUAUUACGUAUUUAAAUAUCUACUUCUUCCAAUAUUGGAAAAUUUUCAACCUGAAUUUAUUUUCAUAUCAUGUGGAUUCGAUGCUUCUAUUAUGGACCCCCUGGGAGAGUGUAACCUCACACACAAUUUUUACCAGUGGAUGACUUUGCAGUUAAAAAAUUUUGCGGACAUUUUUUGCAAAGGAAGAAUUAUCCUAGUGUUAGAAGGUGGAUACAAUUUGAAUUACCUUCCCAAGUGCACCCUAGCGUGUAUCAAGGCGUUAAUCAAAAAGAACAAAAAUAAAAUGCAAGAGUACCCCCACAAGCACAACUACCAAUCGAUCGGGAAGCCAUCCACUGAUGGGGGAAUGAUUACAAAGGGGGGUGACUUAUCUAGUGCUACAUCCCCUAAUGGAGUUCUCCCAAGGAAAGAAGCUCUGCAGGAGGGUGUUCAAAUUAGUGAACGCAAUGUGUCAUCAACAUACAAAGAAGAGUUGACCCCCUCGGAAGACUCCGCAUUUAAAAAAAUGCAAAAUUGGAUACAACUAAAGCAUGGAUCUAUCAUCAAUAAUAUGCACAACAAUAAUGACCAUGUUAAUUUUUACAAGUUCAAAUGUUACUCAGAUUAUUACAAAACGUCAAAUAAGCAUUUCAAACACGUGCAAGGGAAGACAUACACUGGUAACAUGACAUCCAAGAAGAAGGAACUAAUCACAACAGGCAUGUUGCACUACUCCACGUACAAAGUAAUAAAAUAUUUUCUCUGCAUUCUCAAGGGGGAUCCAUUUCACCUUAAUAUUAAGCUUCCACCGUAUAAUUCUUUUUUAAAAAAAAAAGGAUUAGAAAGUAAAAAAUUAAGUCUUGAAAGAAAAAUUACUAUAUUCAAAAAGGUGGACAGCCCAGCAGAUUAUUUUCGCCAUGACGGAGGUAUUUUCUCCCAUUAUGGAGAAGGUCAUUAUCAGGAUGAGUUCGAUGGGGGGGAUGGUGGAAACCCGGAAGACGAUCCAUAUGACGAGGACGACGAUGGAAUCAUGAAUUCCUACAUGAGGAAAAAAAUAGAACAAUUGAACAGAUACAACCAAACGUACAAGAAGCAAUACUCUUUGUCGUCCACCACCAUUUCGAACUUGUCCCAUAGCGAUCUGUACAUGUCGAAUGACGAUUUUGAUUUUGACAGCUCCGACAGUAGCAAGAGCGGCAAAAGAAAAGGUAUCCUACUGAAUGAAUUAAAAUUGAAAAUAACUAAACAUGGCAAUACGAGUAGUUCACGUACCACAUCUCAACCUUCGCCUAAGACGGAAAAAAGGAAGAAGCAGCAGAAGCAGGAGCAGAAACAGAGGCAAAGGUUUUCCAUUCUUAGUGGUAACAACCAAGAGUUUAAGGGAAUGGAAGUAUGGGAUCUCACCAAUAUGCCUGAUGAUGAUGACAUAAUACACAUCGAGGAUAACAGUAGUAGGGAAGAAGGGGCUGCUGCGAUGACUGGAAACGGAGGGAGAGCAGCUCCCAAUUUGGUUCUCUCCCAGAGUCCUCCACACCAGAGUAACCAUCACGACAACCACCUUGGCUUCGAUCUAACAAAUUUGAAGUACUGCCAAAACCAGCUGCAGAACUCCUUCACUAUGUAUACCCAGCGAAAAAAGGGAUUCAUAUUCUUCUAUGGUAGUGGACACAGAAAUCAAUGGGUGCUACCUGCACAUAAGAAAAUUACGCGCAUAAUUAAACUUUGUUCUGAAUUAGAAGCCUACUUCUAUGCGUGGCUGUAUCUAUGCUGUGGGAAAGAAAUCUGCAUUUCGGGUACGAUGGCGGAUUAUGCUUCCUUCCUCGAAGAUAAAGUGACCGUCGAGGGCGUCUCCCUGACCGUUGACAUAGCGGAAGAGAAGAAAAGGCACGCCAAGGAGUUACUCAAGUUUACCGUCCCUUGUUAUCAUUCCUUUUUAAAAAAAACACAGUUGUAUCAACUGGGUUACCAGGAAGAGGAUCCCGAAAGCGUUGAAGAGGUGUACAUGGUAAAGGAAGAUAGCGACAGUAGUGGCGAGAACGAUGCAACAGAAGAGAACUACUAUUCGAAAGAACAAACCAUAGAUAGUGAAUCAGACGAGAAGGAGAAAAGCGAAAGUAAUCACGAUGAUAAUAAUUCAAAGGGGAGCUCAAAUAAUAGCAUCAUUACGCUAAAUUCUGAUGAAAAUGGUACAGACCAAAAUGUCGACCUUAGAAGCGAAAGUAACUCUUUGGUUGAGGAGAAUGACAAGGAGAAAAAUGUGAUGGAGCAGGAACGAAAUGACAAUGUGAGAGUCAAACCACACAGAAUAACACAAAGUGAAGCACUUUUAGAAAGUGAAAAAAACAAAACUGCUAUUUGUUUAGCCAAUGUAUUAAGUACCAUGAGACACCCAUGUGUGAUGGAUGUAAAAAUGGGGAUUAGGUUAUAUGGUGAUGACUGCGAUGAAGAUUCUAUACAGAAAAAAAUUGAAAAGGCCAAGAGCAGAUCCUGCCUGUCCCACGGAUUCCAUUUAACAAGCCUAAUAGGUUGGAACAAAAAAAGAGAAGAACCCUUUUUCAUAUCAAAGGAGGAUGCUCAUUCGAUAAAAAAUGAUGAUGAUUUUGGUGAUGCGUUCAUGUCGUAUUUCUUAGCAUGUGAUAAUGUACACCUUUCCAAAAUGCUGUUAAAGAAGCUGCUUCUCGUCUUAGAACACAUGAAAGCUUUCUUUGAAUCUCAGCAAUUAUUUGCCUUCUACGGGACUAGCUUGUUAUUUGUGUUUGAUUCGGAUCCCUCCAAGAAUAAGAGCGAUGGUGAGGGGAGGGCCGAGGUGGCAGCAAAACCAACUAGCGAGGUGAUAGAACUAACUCAUUUGAACAGAACCAACCACUCACUAGACAUACAUCAGGACAAAAGCAACAAGACGGAGAAGGAAAACCACGAAGAUAUUUUCAACUUUAGGGAAAAAAUGCAGAAAAUAUUUGAAGACUCUCUAACGUUGGAAGAAAGGGACAUAUACCUACAGACAAAAUUAAACUACAAAAUUUUAAAAAGCGCCAAUGUGUACAUAAUCGAUUUUGCUCAUGCUCGUUUGAAUAAUAAUCAAAAGGAUGAAGGGUUCCUCCUCGGAAUAACAUCUCUUAUUCGUAUCAUGAAAAAAACCAUUAAAAACAUCGACACCCUUUAUUGUCCCUAG